AUGGAGUGGCAGAGUUUGUAUAGUGACUGCCCGAGGGUAGUGCUCGGCCUCACCAUAGGAGCUGGCUUCUUGAUCUACUACCUGGUCGAGGCCGUGAAGCGCCCCCUGGUGGCUUCCCGGGACAGCGCCUGGAGGGACUUCUUGGAGGAGAACCUGGUCAUCCUGCAGGAGAGGUACUGGCCGACUCCCUGGUGCCUGGAAUCCCGCCUUCAAACAGUCCUGGCGUCGAUCCUGCGCUACAGACUGCUUCCUCGUGUCACCUACAGAAAAGAGGUACUGCAGCUGAGAGACGGAGGCCAGGUCUGCCUCGACUGGCUGGACGGCGCGGGGGGGGCCACUUCGCCCAUCAUCCUUAUCCUGCCGGGGCUGACGGGGUCCUCGCAGAGCGACUACAUCAAGGGGCUCGUCCUGACGGGGAGCAAGACGGGUGCUCGCUGCGUCGUCCUCAACUACAGGGGCACGGCGGGUAUCGAGCUCAAGACGACCAGAACGUACUGCGCGGCCAACAGCGACGACCUGGAGGAGGCCCUGCAGCACCUGAGGACGACCUACCCGAACGUCCCCCUCAUAGCAGCUGGAGUGUCCCUUGGGGCGUCAAUCAUAGGGAACUACCUAACGACUCGGGGGGAGCAGGCGGGUGAUUUUCUGGUGGCAGCGGUGGUAUUCUCAACACCUUGGAACAUGCAGUUAGGGGUGAAGAGCAUGGAGAGGCCACUCUGUAACCUGCUGUUAAAUAGGUACCUUGUGGCAUGUCUUUGUGGCUUAGUGAGCAGCAUGAGUUAUCAGCUAGCUGGCGAUCACAAAUGGAAUUAUGAUCAUGUCAUGAAGAGCAAGAGCUUCCGAGAGUUCGACUCCCGCUUCACCGCCAUGCAGUUCGGGUUCCGCGACGCCGAGGAUUAUUACAAGACCUCCUCCCUCCACGAGAAGCUCGACGACAUCCGGGUUCCUCUCCUCUGCCUGAACGCGGCUGAUGAUCCUUUCCAGCCUAUGGAAGGUGUCCCAGUGGAGGCAGCGAAGAGGUCGAGUCACGUGGCCCUCGUCGUGACGGCGAGAGGCGGCCAUAUUGGUUUCAUGGAGGGAUUCCUACCCACUUGUACCUACUACAGCGACCGCCUUUUCCUCCAAGUGGUGAACAGCAUUUUCGCCAACCUGGACAAGAUGGUUGCUAUUAAGAAGGAAGCUAACGAUUUCGCGAGGAGCAAAGCGCUCGAAUCCACUUCCAAAUCAUCUUAG